UCUGACAACACUUCCAAUCUACCCAGAACAACCUUUGUCUCCAGCAGAGAGUGUCACCUCCUGCUUUGGGACCUUCAAGCUCUGCUUGACUGGAGUUCACUCUGCUGGCAGGAUCACAUUGCAAGGCUUUGCCUCUUCUCCACCUUGCCUGGGGAUAAAUCUGUCUGCGGAAUCUCAGAAAGUCAAAUUCCAUCCUGUCUCUUUCAUCAGGAAUUUUCUUAGGAGCUGUGCUGGGAACCUACGAUGAUACACCAAGCCCCUGUGCUGCCACCUAUCAACACUCUGGACGGGCAUUCCUUCAGGUCAUGACCCUUGGAAUUAAGAAAUUCUUCAAGACAAUGUUGAGUGUGAUCCAAGAAAAAAUGUGAUUUGAGUCUGGAGACAAUUGUACAUAUCACUCUAGUAUUAAAAAUCCAGGAUAGCUGAUAGAAGAGAACACAGUAUUUGGAAGACUGCUUCAAUUAACAAGAGAAAUUGCUCCCAGUGUGAUUCACAGCAUAUUUCAUUUGGCCUCCAAUGAUGGAGAGAAAAUACCUACUAUAUUUUCUAUUUCUCUUGCCGUUUCUAAUGACUCCUGCCACAGCAGAGCCAGAAGAAGAAGAAGAAGAAGAAGACCCCGAUGACUUAAUUCAGUUGGGGGUUACUAGAAAUAAAAUAAUGACUGCACAAUAUGAAUGUUACCAAAAAAUUAUGCAGGACCCUGUUCAACAAGUAGAAGGGCUUUACUGCAACAGGACCUGGGAUGGAUGGCUGUGCUGGAAUGAUGUUGCAGCAGGAACAGAAUCAAUGCAACACUGCCCUGAUUACUUCCAGGACUUUGAUCCUUCAGAAAAAGUUACAAAGAUCUGUGAUCAAGAUGGAAACUGGUUUAGACAUCCCGCAAGCAACAGAACAUGGACAAAUUACACUCAGUGUAAUAUUAACACACAUGAGAAAGUGAAGACUGCCCUGAAUUUGUUUUACCUGACAAUAAUUGGACAUGGCUUAUCUAUUGCAUCACUGCUCAUCUCCCUGGGCAUAUUCUUCUAUUUCAAGAGUCUCGGUUGCCAGAGGAUUACCUUGCACAAAAAUCUGUUCUUCUCUUUUGUUUGUAACUCUAUUGUAACAAUCAUCCACCUCACUGCAGUAGCCAACAACCAGGCCUUAGUAGCCACCAAUCCAGUGAGCUGUAAAGUGUCUCAGUUUAUUCACCUUUAUCUGAUGGGCUGCAAUUACUUCUGGAUGCUCUGUGAAGGGAUUUACCUCCACACACUCAUUGUCGUGGCUGUGUUUGCUGAGAAGCAACAUUUGAUGUGGUAUUAUUUUCUUGGCUGGGGAUUUCCACUCAUUCCUGCUUGUAUCCAUGCCAUUGCUAGAAGUUUAUAUUACAAUGACAAUUGCUGGAUCAGUUCUGAUACCCACCUCCUCUACAUUAUCCAUGGUCCUAUUUGUGCUGCUUUACUGGUGAACCUUUUCUUCCUAUUAAAUAUCGUACGUGUUCUCAUCACCAAGUUGAAAGUUACCCACCAAGCUGAGUCCAAUCUUUACAUGAAAGCUGUGAGAGCUACGCUCAUUCUUGUGCCACUGCUUGGCAUUGAGUUUGUGCUGAUUCCAUGGCGACCUGAGGGCCGGAUUGCAGAGGAAGUGUAUGACUACAUCAUGCACAUUCUUAUGCACUAUCAGGGUCUUUUGGUUUCUACAAUUUUCUGCUUUUUCAAUGGAGAGGUUCAGGCAAUUCUGAGAAGAAACUGGAAUCAAUACAAAAUCCAGUUCGGAAACAGUUUUUCUCAUCCUGAUGCUCUCCGUAGUGCAUCUUACACAGUGUCAACAAUUAGUGAAGUCCCGGGCUAUAGUCAUGACUGUCCUACUGAACACUUAAAUGGGAAAAGCUUCCAGGAUAUUGAAAACGUUGUAUUAAAACCAGAGAAGCUAUAUGACUUAGUUAUGUGAACACAGAGAGAUCAUUGCCAGGUUUGUGCCACUCUUACUUAGCACAAUGACUUAGAUACAUGACUUUCCAGCCAGAAGACUUCAAUACUAAAUGAAUCCCUUGAGAUACCAUAAAGGAAGCACUCAGAUUAAAGGAUAAGUCUGUGGAUAUAAUGGUAAGCAACAAUCACUGUGUGGAUGGAAAGGCUGUGAUCGAACAUUUGCCAGUAAAUAACUACACUGUGGUUGAUUCAAAGCUAGCAACCUGAAAUCACUGAAUGUGAAACUGGGAGUGGUGUGGGGGUUGGGGAGAGUUAAGCACAAUUAGUAAGCUGAUAUGGGUCAGCUCCAACUUAUCACUGCUUGAAAUCACCAGUGAACGACCGUGCAAGUUCAGAUAUGCAAUGGGUCUAACUCCACUCCUGUCCCCUUAUAUACACAGUCUUUCUCCCACUUAAGGUGCAGUUCUUUGGCUGAAUAUGUAUAUGUACACAUAAAACCAAACAUACACUAUGUCACUGGACCUCUUCAGGUAGUGUUUUCUCAAAUGUACUAAAGCAUUAAUUCUAUCAUAGGCUAACCACUUGUUGAUACAGCACAAUUACAUCCUGAGGCAAAUCAUUGUUGAGAUCUAAUAAAUAGGAUGUACUAUAUGCAAUCCUACUUCUGUAUGAUCAGGAGAUAUCCUUGUCCUCAGCUACUUCCCUAGCUUACUAUACAAGUGGGAGGGAAUUUCCCUGUAUCUGUAAAUAGAGACUUUGACCCUUCAAUUUCUACUAUGUAGACAACUUAGUUAUCAUUUUACGUGAAGGAAAUCAAUGAAGGAUUUCAUAUUACCUUGGACAUUUGUACAAAAAGAUUGUUGUGGGAAAUGAAUUUGUGAAUAAUCCAUGUAUUAUUUUAUAGUGUUAAAUCAAAUACAGACAACCAAGGUAAUUGCUUUAAAGCAGAUACAUAAUACAAUGAUGGAAGAAUGUCAUACCUGAUAUUGUGUCUGGGCAGAUUUUACAACAUAGAAUCUGGAAUUCUAUAUUUGGUAAAUAUUGUAAGGACAACCAGAUACCAGCAUCAGAAGUUAGUAUAGAAACUUAAAGAGUCAGAGACAUCUGUGGUGAGAAAUAAAAUAUUUAUUUUAAAAUGUCAGGCUGUUAUUUUGACAUGUCAUCUUUGAAGAGUUAAAAUUUUCUCCUUCCAUUUUGAUAAUGAGCUCAAUCAAAUCCAGAAAAAAAAAUCACAACUACUGUAAUAAAUAAUGUGUUACCCUUGCAAAUUUUGCUCCAUUAAAUAUUAGUUUGUUGACUUUUACUAUGUGAUACAUGCAUUGGCAGCAUGUCACUUUACUAAAGGAAAAACAAAAGCAAUAGAACAUAUAUACUAUAAAAAUGUUCCAAUAUUUAAUAGACUACUAUAUAUGAUAAUACACACCACUAAUACUUGAAUGAUUCAUUGAGGAAGAAUAAUCAAAUACCUAUGGGAUAAUUAAAUUAAGGUGGAAGACAGCCUCUCUUAUAAAAGAAAGUGACAUUUAAGAUGAUUCAGUUAUUCUAUUCAGUUAUUUUCCACUGGAAUGUCUGAAGAAC